CUCCGCUCAGACUUCGCUGGGAGCCUUCCCAGCGCGAGAGUAGGAUCCGGCGGUGCAGUGAGAAGAGGAGACGAAGACGACAACGACGACGGCGGCGGGAGGGGGACGGACCGGAGCCGGGGACCGAGGAGGAACACGCCGCCGCGCCCUCUCCCUCUGCUGCGCGCUCCGGUGGCCGGCCCCACGCCUCUCGCCUCACCCACCGCACGGGGCUCCGCUCCGAGCAGGAGGAGGCACCAGGCCCGAGCUGGGGCGGGGGUCCUCCCUGCAGCCCGGGCACACCGGAACGGAGGAUUCGCCGUGGAGGACCGCGCCCGGGCUGGUGGCACCCGAGGCCCCGCCAGCGCCGGCUGCGCCAGACCGUGGCCUGAUGGACACCUGGUGUGGACGAUGAGGGAAGAACGCGCCUCCCACACCCGAGAGGUGACCCCAGAGCGAGCCCCGGAUGGCCCCGCGAGCAGGAACGAUGCGGCUGGCCUGCAUGUUCUCGUCCAUCCUGCUGUUUGGAGCCGCGGGCCUCCUCCUCUUCAUCAGCCUGCAGGACCCCACAGAGCUCGCCCUCCAGCAGGUGCCAGUUGGUUUUCUUGCAACAGACGCUGUUGCAGAAAAUGGAACAAAAUGGAAAAGACGAAAAGGAAUAAAGUUCAACAUCAAGCCACAGGAGCCCCACAGCGACCUCCCAUCAGGCAGUUCCCAGGAUGGUGACCUUAAGGCACCCACAGAGAGUGUCACCCGAGACUUGUCCAGCCGGGCCCCGAGGGGCCUGAACCUACAGGUGUCCCAGCAGCCUCAAGCCCACCUAAACGUGGGGGCCCGUCUGCGACCCCGGCAGCGCCGCCGGCGACUGCUUAUCAAGAAAAUGCCAGCUGCGGCGGCCAUCCCGGCCAACAGCUCGGCUGGUACGUUCGUCCGGCCAGCACCCCGGGCCCUGGACGGCCGUUGGGUCAGCCUGCACCAGAGCCAGCAGGAGCGCAAGCGGGUGAUGCGGGAGGCGUGCGCCAAGUACAGGGCGAGCAGCAGCCGCAGGGCGGUCACGCCCCGCCACGUGUCCCGCAUCUUCGUGGAGGACCGCCACCGCGUGCUGUACUGCGAGGUGCCCAAGGCGGGCUGCUCCAACUGGAAGCGGGUACUCAUGGUGCUGGCCGGGCUGGCCUCGUCCACCACCGACAUCCAGCACAACACCGUCCACUACGGCAGCGCCCUCAGGCGGCUGGACACCUUCGACCGCCAGGGCAUCCUUCACCGCCUCAGCACUUACACCAAGAUGCUCUUUGUCCGCGAGCCCUUCGAGAGGCUGGUCUCUGCCUUCCGCGACAAGUUUGAGCACCCCAAUAGCUACUAUCACCCCGUCUUCGGCAAGGCCAUCCUGGCCCGAUACCGGGCCAACGCCUCUCGGGAGGCCCUGCGGACGGGCUCCGGCGUGCGGUUCCCCGAGUUCAUCCAGUACCUACUGGACGUGCACCGGCCCGUGGGGAUGGACAUCCACUGGGACCACGUCAGCCGGCUGUGCAGCCCCUGCCUCAUCGACUAUGACUUUGUGGGCAAGUUUGAGAGCAUGGAGGACGACGCCGACUUCUUCCUGAGCCUCGUCCAUGCGCCGCGGAACCUGACCUUCCCGCGGUUCAAGGACCGGCACUCGCAGGAGGCGCGGACCACCGCACAGAUCGCGCACCAGUACUUCGCCCAGCUCUCGACCCCGCAGCGGCAGCGCACCUACGACUUCUACUACAUGGACUACCUGAUGUUCAACUACUCCAAGCCCUUCGCAGACCUGUACUGAGGGGCGGGGCCAACCGGCCGUGGGCGGCCCGGUGCCACCCACUCACAUGUCCGCAGGGGCAUCCCACGCUCCGUGGGUUCUCACCUGGGAGCUGAGAUGUACCCAGAGCAACAGGGCUCUGAGGAGCCAUGCCUGCUGGGUGGUGCAGGCCCUUCAGGGGGCCACAGAGGCCCAGGCCUUGGAUGGGGACCCUGGCCUCUGUCCCAUACCCACUUCCAUACUCCUCAAAUAAGGAAGAUGCUGGGGGGUGAGCUGGACACCCCAAGAGUCCCAGCUGCCCAUACCCAGCUCUACCGUCAGGAUGACCAGGGAAGUCUGAGGCCCAGAGGAUGAAGGCCCCGGCUGUAAGGGAUUUCCCGCAUCCCUUAGCCAUUGCCUUGUACCAAACCACAGGGUUUGCAGCUUUUCUAAGACCCGGGGGGAGGUUCCCUUGGAAUGAGGUUCCAAAUAAAGCACAUGGUUUCCAGA